GGCAGUUGCCUACCAAACGUAGACACUCCUGGUUACGCCUACCAUCGUCAAUUACAGAAACACAUCACGCAGUAGUCGUAGUUUAGCCUCAACCAAGACGCGAGAUUUAAAAUCAUGCCUUACUUUUACGUACACAUUUAGUAGAAAAUCAUAAACAUUAUAUUCAAGUGUUAGUUAUGGCCCCAAGUUUGAGUUUGUUUUGUGCGGUGUUAUUUAUUUUUCUCCAACUUUCACUUUUUGUGAACUGCUUUCACUAUAUCAAACCCGAAAUUCUUUCCGAAUAUGAAACGAUUAUCAGUGCUGGUGAUAAUUUCACGGUACUAUGCCAAGGGGAAACCCCUCUGACGUGGAAGCUGCCAGACGUCAAGGACGAAAACUACUCCCAAUGGACAGUCAUAGACAUUUUAAACGUUCUACCAAAAAACAGUACUUUCAAAUACGCCAGCAGACUCUUCAUACAUAACGCCACUUUCCCUUUCACGGGUUUUUACAAGUGCCAUGGGACGAAUAUUGAUCCUUCAGACAAUGAUUUAGUUGCAAGCAUUUAUCUUUACGUUAAAGACGAUGAGCAUUUAUCUGCGACUAUUGAAGACAUUGACACUAUUUUUGUCACACAAUACAGCGAUGCUGUGAUUCCAUGCAGACCUACUUCCCCCGAUGUGAGAGUCGAACUCUACUACAUAGACGGGAUGAAGAAACCUAAGGUGUAUCUCGGGAUAAUUGAUGAGGAGGGAAUCAUGUACCGUUUCCACCCCCAUUUCGGCUUCAUAACUAACAACACCAAAGAGCAAGACCAAAAACUUUACGUCUGCAAGUUCGCCAAUGGCUUACACAAUUUUUCAGUAACAAUCAUAAUGGAAGUGGAACCGCUCAUACAUUCGGUGCCCAAACCACUGCUGGAGGAACUAAGCGGUGGGCAUACUGUGGUUGGCCAACAGUUAAUCCUGGAGUGCAAAGUCAAGAUCCUGACUUUUAUCACCAUCAACUGGAUCACGCCAACAGGACCGCCAGAUUUGCAACGGAUGGAACUGUCGCCGCAACAGAAGACGCCCAUGGACCCGUCCAUGGUCACCCAACAGCUCACCAUCAACCAAACCACUUUGAAGGAUAAAGGGACGUACUAUUGUAACGUCAGUGAUAACCAGAACCACCACAGUGUGAACAGUUUGAAUGUCAUAAUUUAUCGUCCUGACGAACAUUUUAUUAAUCUGACUGAAGAAAACGGCCUUUAUGACAUCUCUCGGCCCGCUGGUGUGGACUCAGUCCAGUGGCGUAUCGACGUAAACGGCCACCCACAACCCAAUCUCUUCUGGUUGAACAACAACAACGAAACCAUUUCAAACGAACGAAAAGACAAAUACGAAAUAAGCUUCCGGCAAACCGAAGCUAAUUUAAAAAUCAAAGACAUCGCAAUCACCGAUUAUGGCAACUACACUCUCAUCGCCCAGAACGACUUUGAAACCAAAGCCCUAGUCCUGUUUCUCAACGUCACGGACAGACCUUCAGUGAGUCUGGAAAGUGACGAUUUUCACAUCGUUAACCAAGUGGACGAAGUUCGAUGUGUCGUGGCUGCUCAUCCUGAAGCCACAAUCUCGUGGUCCUUUAAGCCAUGUUUGGACAACUCUUGCCAAUUUCAUAGCAUUAAUGAAACAAGUGCCCAAAGGCGGGGCUUGCAAAUUGUGUCCCGCGUCAGGAUUAAGUCCCUGAACACGGGAUUUAUCAAAUGCCUGGCACGAAAUUCCCUCGGUGGGGAUGAAAUGACCAAGGCUUAUUACGUGACAGACGUGAGAAACGGCUUAGACAUCUUCGGUUUUGACGAUAGUGUUAAUAUCAACAGUGAGAGAAAUGAGGUGGAGGUUGCAGUUGGGGAAUCACUCAAAAUGACAUGCGGGGCUUCAGUGCACAACUACAGUUCAAACUUGACGUGGUUACGUGACAACAAGCCUUUGGAAAAUGACGAAAAGCACCGAGUGGACUCCAGUCACACUGACUACAGCAAUCGCUUGACUUUGAAUCUACAAGAAGUGGAUUUUGAUGACGCUAACUUGUAUAGUUGCGUUGUUGGAACAAUCGGUGGUAAAGUUGUGACUAAAAAUAUCACGCUGCGAGUUUCAGAACCGACCAAACCGAUUAUCGUGCAAGAUAACAUGAAGAAGAACAUGGAGUUGUUGUUACCCAACCGAGUGACUUUCUAUUGCCUUGCCAGAGGAGUGCCUAAACCAAGCAUAAUUUGGUUAAAGAACGACGAAAGAAUUCAACCGUCGAACCGGACACAUUUCCAGGACGGCAAUCAAAGGCUCUAUUACUCGGCUCUGGAUUAUCGGGAUAAAGGGACUUAUCGAUGUGUUGUGUCAAACAAAGCUGGGACCGUGUCCAAGAAAAUCCACCUUGACUUCAAAAAUACUUUAGACUCGGGGACGUUGGACCGCAAAGUCUUAUGGAUAAUUAUCGCAGUUUUGGUGGUCGUUGUCGUUUGCUUUGCCAUUUUCGUCAUAAUAAAAGUACGGAACGAGCGCAAGUUGCAGAAAGAACUCGAAUGUGCCGGCUUGGCAAAUUUCGAAAAGGGAGCUUUAGAAAACUUGAAUCCUGAUCUCGGGCUCGACGAUCAGGCUGAGUUGUUACCUUAUGACAAACAGUGGGAAUUUCCAAUUGAAAAACUUAAAUUAGGUAAACAACUGGGUUCGGGAGCAUUCGGUGUCGUUAUGAAAGGCAUAGCCAAGGGGAUUGUGGAAGGUGAGGAGAGCACAAUAGUUGCGGUGAAAAUGGUCAAGAAACACGCCGACUACACGUAUAUCAGGGCUUUGGCAUCGGAACUCAAAAUAAUGGUGCAUUUGGGCAAGCACUUGAACGUUGUCAAUUUAUUGGGGGCUUGUACGAAAAACGUGGCUAAAAGAGAACUUUUGGUGAUUGUGGAGUUUUGUCGGUUUGGGAAUCUUCAAAAUUAUUUACUGCGGCAUCGGGAGAAUUUUAUCGACCAAGUCGAUCCAAAAACCGGACAUAUUGAUUAUACAAUUGGGCAAGAAAUAUUAGAACGGACUUACUCAGUGUCCAGCAAUAGAAGUAAUUCCCAAUCGCCGUAUAUGAAAUAUGCGGCCUUGUCGUUUUCAAACAGCAACGGAAAUAAUCCGCACAUGGUGGACUACCGAGGGGACAAUUACAACGGUACUUCCACCGCCAAAACGGACAUCACCACGGUUUCCAUGUCUCCGAAUUCGGAUGAGGAGGAAAUAAUUUUGAGCAACAACAGUAGUGUUCAGCCGGAAUGGCGCUCGAAUUACCACGGGGAUUACAAAGACAACAUCAAACCGAUCUGUACUAAAGAUCUCCUAGCUUGGGCUUUCCAAGUUUCCAGAGGAAUGGAAUACCUAGCCUCACGCCGGGUGCUUCAUGGCGAUCUGGCCGCGAGAAACAUUCUCCUGGCUGAUAACAACGUCGUAAAAAUUUGUGACUUUGGCUUGGCCAAAAGUAUGUACAAAAGUGACAACUACAAGAAGAAAGGGGACGGCCCACUGCCGGUCAAGUGGAUGGCUGUUGAGUCAAUCCGAGACAAAAUUUUCUCAACUCAAUCGGACGUGUGGUCCUUUGGGAUAGUCCUGUGGGAGUUUUUCUCGCUGGCCAAGACCCCCUAUCCCGGAAUGGAAGCCGACGAGAGACUUUACAAUAAACUCCUGGACGGGUACCGGAUGGAGUCACCCGAAUACGCUCCCAAGGAAAUUUACAAAAUGAUGUCGGACUGUUGGCACGCGAAACCGCUCCUACGGCCAACCUUCAGUAAGCUUUCGGAACGAAUCGGGUCUCUGCUUGAGGACACCGUCCGGAGGCACUACAUCGACUUGAACGACCCCUACCUGGUGAUGAACACCCAGAGGCUCGAGGACGGCCACAGCGAUUACCUCGCAAUGUUGAGUCCUCCCAACUUCGAAAACCUCUCCACUCCACAGUACGUCAACGAUCUGCCGCACAGCGACAACACUCCGGGCUACAUGUGCAUGAAAUCUGCAAAUAUCUUCAGUCCGAGAGUGGACGACGCGCGGGUUUUCGACUUCGACGUGAAUAAAACAAGGAGCGUUGAAGGGACGAGAAAUGAGCUCGCGCCAAUGUUGGGGGUUCAAAGCGAGUCGGACUGCGAAAGCUCGACUUGUAAUAGUCCAGUCGCACCGAACAGUUUUUCCAAUCCUACCUAUCACCUACCUCCCGUUGUUGAUGAGAAAGGUCAGAUUAAAUUUGAGAAGGACAUCGUCAAGUUUUCCGAUAAUUACGUGAACAUGCCGCAGAAUAAAAGUGUGCUGAAAGACAAUAACCCGUUCAGCACGAAACCGAAAGAGACUGCGUAUGUUAACAGUAGCAGCAGAGACUGGGAAAGUGUGCAAUUGUAAAUUAUUCGGUCAAGUACCUACCUUUGAAUCCUUGUCUUCGAUUCUAUGUGCCAAAGAGUAUUUAAACUUAUUGUAUCGCAUUUUGUAUUACGUGUUUUUAAAUAAAUUCACGAAAAUUUCAA